AUGUCGCCCGUCACUGUGUUGGACCAGUAUUACUUGGCGAUCACGUUUCUCAUCUCGCUCGGACUGCAAGGCGCGCUCUUUGCGAUCUGCUUCGUAUUCCAGACCGACAAGCUGUACGUUUCCAUGCCCGCGGACACACGCUUCGCAAGUAAAAGUACGCUGACUUUCUACCUUGUCAUACCACGUUCCCGCUCCUCUCUUCACACCCUCACGGUGUCGUGGCCUCGAUCAUCCCACCGCCGAUCCCUCCUCUCGCCCUCUCGCCCUCUCGCACUCGCAGGACCGAUCUCGGAGGUUCCAUCAACUUCUUCAUUAUCGCCUUGUUCACCCUUUUGGCCGGUAACACUUACUAUGCUCGCAACAUCGUCGCUUCGUACGUCCUGCACAAUGAGAGAGCCCGUUUUCCGCACUCAGUCAGCAAAUUCUGACCACGAAUCUCCUCCGCGUACCCGUUCAACAGCGUCUACGUCAUGAUCUGGUCAUUCCGCUUGGGGGCCUUCCUCUUUUACCGUGUGAUGAAGACGGGCAAGGAUGGUCGAUUCGACGAGAUGCGAUCGGCCGUCACCAAGCUCGGAGGGUUCUUCCUCUUCCAGCUCUUCGUAAGUCUUGACCUAGUACCCGUUGGGCCGCCGUGCUCGUCGACGGAGGACUGACUGUCAGGUCUAUCUUUGCGCGACAGUGGUGCUGGACCGUAUCUUUGCCAUGUGAGAUAUCCUAUUUUACAAAAAAUUGUUACUGGCCAUGCCGCUUACUCCGAGCGCUCUCCCCAUCACAGUGACCAUCCUCAACUCGCCGGCGGUUUCGGAUCCGGCCCGCGGUGGAGGAAACGUCAAAUUCGGUACAGCCAGUGUGAGUCUGACAACCGGUCCAUACAUCUUUCACUCCGUUCAACUCUGACCAAAGGAAGUUUUUCUUCUUGCCCAGGAUAUCAUCGGUAUCAUCCUUUGGGUCGUGGGCUACACUUUGGAGGUCAUGGCCGACCAGCAAAAAUUCACUUUCAAGUUCAACAACUCGCAAAAGGGUGCCAUCAAUGAUAAGGGUGUUUGGGUAGGUCGAUCGGACGAUUUUUCACGUUCUGAGAUAGUGUGGUUUGACGCCGUGAAUUCUUGGCUUUUCAAUUCGCUCACAGGGCUGGUCACGACACCCCAACUACGCCGGCGAGAUCAUCCUCUGGUGGGGCAUGUACGCUCUCUGUAUUGCACCCGCAACUCACGGCGUUGCUUCUUCCGGCGGACGCAAGGCCUUGAUCGCAUCUGUGGUGGGCCCCAUCUUCAUCUCGCGUAGGUCCUCCUCAAUGGCGCUCGUCGACGUGUAAAGAGCGGCUCGAGCUAAUCUUCUUUUUUGCUUAAUGCGCACUUCAGUCCUGCUCUACUUCGUCUCCGGUCUUCCCCAAUCCGAAAAGCCGACCCAAAAGAAGUACUAUCUCAUGUCGCACGGGGUCGACCCGGAAUCCGGUGACAAAUGGGCCGAAUACAAAGCGUACCUCAACCGCACUUCGAUCCUCUUCCCCCUCCCACCGGCUCUAUACCGUCCUUUGCCCAAGUGGGUCAAGCAAACUAUUUUGCUUGAUGCGCCUAUGUAUAGGUUCGAUGAGCACAAGGAGGGGAAGGAAGCCGUUGAGGAACAGAGGAAAAAAAUGGCACAGCACGAUAAUUGA